CCAUAUUAUCACAUCUUCCAUUAAGAGUUUUGCGUUCUGGUCUAUAUAUUUAAUAUGGAUUUAAUAAUGUACAGAAUAACAACUCCGUUUUCGUAUCAGCUGUCUUCGCAGCUUUAAAGCAUUAACCAAAAAUGAGUUUAAAAAUUUUUUUACCUAGAAAGUUAUACGCAGUUAAGGAAAAUUUUAAUAUUUAUGGGGAAAUCAAAAUUAACGAUUGCAAUGCUAUCUCGUAUUACGUGAUAACCGCUAUUGGUUGCCGAGAAAUUACGAGAAAUUCUCAAUUAAUCGCAGAUCGAAAAGAAAUUGAAUUUUCUUCAACGCUGAGACACCUUGGACUUAUAGUAAAUGCUUCGGAUAUACUAAAAGCAGAGCGACGCGAUGUAGCUUUGUGCUUUGCUUACGAUAAUCUAACGCCAAAUAUUUAUUUGCAUAAGUUGAGUAUUAAACUGAAUCAAGAAACCAGUAUUAAUGUUCUCAUUUAUGACGAGGACCAAAUAUUAAAGUUGCAAGACCUAGAAGAAGACCUCGUCCAUUAUGCAGCGUGUACCGGAGGUAAUAAAUUGUGCCCCAACGAUGAUAUGCAGCUACUUUAUCAGCUAGUGAAGCAAAGGAACAGCUUUAUUCAAAUUUCCUCAAACAUUAAACAUCAAUUCCGUAUAACGCAGCUAAUAUAUCGACUAUGCAGAUUGCCUUUUAAUUUUUUAAACAUGUUUUUUACAUUAUGUGUGACAAUGCAACCGUUAAAAUUUAUAUUUCAACGAAUGGUUUUGUACGAACACUAUCAGGAGUGGUUAAAAUUUAAACAUUCGGGUAAACGACACUACAACAUAGUUAUUGAUAAAUUUUUGGGAAUUUGCGUUAUGCUGUUAUUACUAUUUUACUUUUCCCAUCCAGGCGAUUAUCUUAUUGAGACUUCACAUUUCAUUGUUAUUAAAUUAAGAACCCUAUUGAACUCAUUAAGAGGUGCUCCGAUAGGUUUAAAAUUAAAUGUACAACUUAAUGGCUUCCUUCUAGACUGCUUUGGUUAUCACGUUCAUCUCUGGGCUACAUUUUUAGAUCUUAUCGAGCCUUUUGUGAGAAAACUAUUUGUACCGAUAGCUCUAUUAGGUGCCAUGGGAUUAUCUUAUCAGUUGGCUUCAUUAACCGAUUUGAUAACCAUAAUGGGUUUACAUGCUCAUUGCUUUAGUAUUUAUUCAGCUGUAUUGUAUAAAGUAGAGAUUAAGGGUUUACAAGUUCUCUGGAAAGUAGUUUUGGGAAAACGUAAAAACCUUUUAAAAAAUCGGGUGGAAUCUCACAACUACAAGAAUCGUCAACUAUAUCUAACCACUAUAUUUUUUGCUUCGCUACUAUUUUUAUUUCCUACUAUACUUACCUAUUACAUCGUAUUUACUACGUUACGUCUCUGCAUUUUCUUAUUUAAUCUAAUAUUGAAAACAUUGAGGCGUCAUUUGCUGGAAUUUCCGUUUGAAAUGUUAAUACGAUGGUGUUCAGGAAAUCUCUACAAUAUCGAAGCUUUAGAAUUGGAAUAUUUACAACAUAUAAUGCCUCUCGUACGACAACCACAAAUUCAAAUGCCAAUGUUAAAUAUAACAGUUUUUAUUUUGCACAUACAUUCUUCAUCAUUGAGUAGAGUGUUUUCAUCUGAAAGUGGAAUCCUAAAGGAAUUGGAGGCAAAAGAAAAAAACACGAUUAAAAGCAUAUGCCAAGGAAUAUUAGUGGGAAAAUUUUGACUCAUUAAUUAAGCAAGUUUAUAACUUAAAUUUCUUAUUAUUUUUUUUUUUGUUCUUUGUUUUUUCAAUAAACCUCUCUUCAAUGACUCUAUUUUACAUUUAGCUUCAGAAAUUACAUUUUAAAACAAAUGUCCUGUAAACCAAAAUUAUUGUUAUUAACUUGUUUUUUUUUCUUUUUUUUUA